UAAACUUUUAAGGAAGGAAACAAAGCUAUGUAAAGACAUUGAUGCUACUGCGUCAGCAACAAUGCUCAAAUUUUAGUCCUAACCUGACCUUGGCAAAUGUGGUGUCUAUAUUAGAAGAUGGUCCUACAGCACAAGGACGGGCAUGCUCUUGCCCUGGUGCACAAGGACGGGCAUGCUGUUGCACUGGUUCAGAGCCACCUUAGUGAGGAAGGCCGUCGCAUCUUCUUCGCGUUUGCGGCAGGGUUGUUCGUUCCUGCACUGCGGACGGAGGAGAAUUGGCUCUCUGCAGCCACCGUCCCUCAUAAGAAAAUCAGCAAGACUCGUUGGCGACCAUUACCUCCAGGGAGCCUGCAGACAGCGGAGACUUUUGCCACGGGCUCUUGGGACAAUGAGGAAAAUUAUGUUUCACUGUGGUCUAUUGGAGAUUUUGGAAACUUGGAUUCUGAUGGAGGAUUUGAAGGAGACCAUCAAUUAUUGUGCAGUAUCAAACAUCAUGGUGAUGUAAUGGAUUUACAAUUUUUGGACCAGGAAAGAAUUGUAGCUGCUUCAUCGACAGGAUGUGUGACAAUUUUCCUCCACCAUCCAAAUAACCAGACUCUGUCAGUCAGCCAGCAGUGGACAGCAGCUCACUACCACACGGGUCCAGGCAGUCCUUCCUGUAGCAAUGCACCAUGCACAGGUGUUGUGUGCAACAACCCAGAAAUUGUCACAGUUGGAGAAGAUGGUCGGAUAAAUCUCUUCAGAGCUGAUCACAAGGAAGCUGUAAGAACUAUAGACAACGCAGAUAGCAGUACACUCCAUGCUGUAACCUUCCUUCGAACUCCUGAGAUUCUUACAGUAAAUUCAAUUGGCCAGUUAAAAAUAUGGGAUUUUAGACAACAAGGAAAUGAGCCCACGCAGAUAUUAUCACUGACUGGUGACCGAGUGCCACUCCACUGUGUGGAUCGACAUCCCAACCAGCAGCACGUUGUAGCUACUGGCGGCCAGGAUGGAAUGUUGAGUAUUUGGGAUGUUAGACAAGGUACAAUGCCUGUGUCUCUACUAAAGGCUCAUGAAGCUGAAAUGUGGGAAGUUCACUUUCACCCAUCCAACCCAGAUCAUCUGUUCACUUGUUCUGAAGAUGGAUCUCUCUGGCACUGGGAUGCCUCCACAGACGGACCUGAGAAGUCGUCGCUCUUUCACCAAGGAGGAAGAAAUAGUACUUUUUUGUCUCAUACCAUUAGUAACCAAGCUAAUGUUCACCAAUCUCUUAUAAGCUCCUGGCUCAGCACUGAUCCUGCCAAAGAUCGUAUUGAAAUCACAAGCUUGCUUCCUAAUAGGACUUUGUCUGUGAACAGUCUGGAUGUUUUAGGUCCUUGUCUUGUUUGUGGAACGGAUGCAGAAGCAAUUUAUGUUACUAGACAGCUUUUUUCAUGAAGAUACUAAAAGAUUUCAGGUAAAACAUACAGUUAAAACCUUUCAAAUGCCAGUUUCUUUGCAAAUUUUUGUUAUUGGAAAAUGUGAAAUUUGCAAGGGGAACAGCCAUAAACUAUUGUUAAUGUUGAUGCCCAGUUUGUUAGUUGAAUAUUGCUCUAACAGUUGCUGGAGUCUGAUUGAUGACCCAUGGCAAAAGAAUUGAAAUAUGUGGCGGAACAUCAGAGGGAUCCCUGUUCUGAUGAAUGCACUGCCUUCAGCACCAUUCUAGAUAGCUCAUGGAACCAACUCUCCAUUUUUGAUGUUGUAGGGCUUGAUAAUAUCAAACCACCAACAGGUUCCUUUCCUUUUCAGGAGUAUGUGGGAUAUGGUAUGUCCCUCCCUGGUGACAUUUUUCAAUACUAGUAUUUAUUCUCUUUACUGCAAGUAUUUCUUCAGUCCUUCAACAUUUUAUUUCCUUAAUAAUUUCAGUAAACUUUGUUCAGUAAGAAUUGAGUAGAGCAAAAAUGACAGUUUUUGGUAGUGUUGAAUUUUUUUUUAAGGUGAAAAUGUUUUGAUGGGUUCCUUUAUUAGAAUGGGUUUGAACAGAACUCUGUCACCUCCUUAGACCCAGCUUUGUUUCUCUUGAAAAAAGACAAAAUACAUUUUUCGUAAGGAUUUUUGCUUUUAUUUAGUUUUUUACGCCAUAAUUGAAAAUUGCUGAAUUGGACAUUGUGCAUUAAAAUAGGAUUUGACAUUGGUAAGUGAGGCAGCUUCCAAACUAAAAUUUGAGAGGUAACAUGUAUGAGACUAGUAUGAUGAUGUGAUAGGAGUAAAGAGUUUUGCCACCCUUAUCUUUAAUGUUAAUGAUGACCUAACACACAGUAUUUUGAGACAGUUUUAUGAUACUGUCUUUCCAAAGUUUUUUAAGAGUAAAUGCAUCAUUGAAUUGUAAAGACCUUAAUGAACGAUCACUCCUGUUACACAGGAAGUUUCUGUUUAUUUACUUUACAAUUCCAACAACAGAUAACUAUGAAUUUUUGUGUUUCUGGCCCAAUAAAUAUUUUCCAUUUUUUUAUGUUGAAUUCUCAGGAUUUGGGGGUUUGGAGUUUGUUUUGUUUACAUUUUAAAAUAGAAUAUAUAUAUGCAUUUGUUGUUCUGUAUAUAUAUAUAUUUGGCUCAAAAAAUAAUUGACUAAAGAUAUUUAGUAACUCUGAAUUCCAAAGACUCAAAGAAGGAAAAAAAUGUUGCUGAUAGGAAUUUUUAACCAGUUUCUAGUUUUAUUGCUGGGGCUAAUUUUUAAAACUUUGUUAUUACAAAAGCCAUUCAUUACAGAAAAAGCAGUCAAAAGAAAAAGUGCCAAUAAUCUCAAACAGACAUAGUUCUUUUCAUACCACUUUGUAUCCAUUAAAUAAUUUUUCAUAAAAAAUGAAAUACACAUAUUUCUGAAUGCACAUUCUCUCACAGUAAAUACAUGGAUUCAGUAAUAAAAAUAUACCUAAGAAUUAUCCUUUUGACUUUAUAUUUCCCUUUAUAUGAAUACCUUGUUGCAGCCUAAGCUCCACUGUCCCUCCCUUCACUUAGUAGAGGCAUCCUCCCAUUCCACUCGGCAGGUCAGCAUCCUUGCUUUGAAUGGGCUCAGAGUUGAUCCUCAUUCCUGGGAGACCCUGGAAUGUCCCAAGUGGCACAUUUUCCAUGUACAGUGAAUGGCAAAUGCUUUGUGCCUCUGCUUUAAUCAUAUUGCCUGCUGCUGAAAAGCUGAAGUUUUCAUGACUGCUGUUAGCACCCUUCUCAAUUUCCAGCAGUAAUGUAAAUAAUUUCUCUUGAUUGUUGUAGUAAAUAAUCGGUAGAGGGAGGGAACCAGACAUUUAGGCUUAGCAUACUAGCUUGGACUGGAAACAAAUUUGAAAUUUGAAGCUUUGAUUUGAUUUAAGGGUAUUUGUAACCAUAAGUAAAAGAAAGAACAUUUGAAUAGUGUUACAUUUUCUAUCAGUUGAUGAGUUCUGCCAGAUGUAAUAAGAAACAUAAGCUUUAUGUAGUAUAAAUAAAACUCUAAUUUAUGGGGUCGCAAAGAGUCGGACACGACUGAGCAAUUGAACUGAACUGAACUGAAUUUAUGAAUUUGUUCAUUCUCACUGCUUUCAUUCAUGAAAACUAUCAAAUAGUUUCUUUUGAGGGCUCUAGGAUCUCCAAGGUGAAUGAUAUCUUUGAGGGCAUAUCCAACCUAAAUUUAAUCAUCACAUCCACAGAUUCCCAACAAAAAAUUUUCAUCCAGCCUCUACUUGAAAAUACACGAUGAUAAAGUCUCCCGUUUCCCAGUGUAGCCUCCUCGUUUGGACAGCUGUAAGUGAUAUAGCAUAUGGCAAGAUUUUAAUGUGUGAGUGGGGUCCUAAACAAUCCUGUAAAAAAGGUAGAAUCAUUGUGGAUUAAUGAAAUGAUCGUGUGAACCUACUAUAGGUUCACUAUGAGAUAAAACCAACCACCAGUCGUUUUAUGGAAUUUCCAUUGUGUUGGUGUGCUAUACUGUUAAGUUUCCACUAAAUAAAUGAAUUUUCACAUACUGAACUGAAA